GUUUUGGUUCUGGCUGGCAGCGGCGGGCGCCGUGAGGGGAAGAUGCCCGUGGCGGUGAUGGCAGAGAACUCCUUCAGCUUCAAGAAGCUCUUGGAGCAGUGCGAGACACAGGAGCUUGAGGCCCCUGGAGGAAUUGCAACGCCCCUUGUUUAUGGCCAGCUUCUAGCUUUAUACCUGUUGCAUAAUGAUAUGAAUAAUGCAAGAUAUCUUUGGAAGAGAAUCCCUCCUGCUAUUAAAUCUGCAAAUGCUGAACUGGGUGCAGUUUGGUCAGUAGGACAAAGAAUUUGGCAGAGAGACUUUCCAGGAAUCUACACAACAAUCAGCGCGCAUCAGUGGUCUGAGACUAUUCAACCAAUCAUGGAAGCACUUAGAGAUGCAACUAGGAGACGAGCCUUUGGAUUGGUUUCUCAGGCAUAUACCUCAAUAGUUGCAGAUGAUUUUGCAGCCUUCGUUGGGCUUCCUGUAGAAGAAGCUGUGAAAGGUGUAUUAGACCAGGGCUGGCAAGCAGACUUUUCAACUCGUAUGGUAAUGCCUAAAAAGCCAGGUGUGCUGGAGGCUUCCUUUAACAGAUUUAUUCCUUCAUCAGAACCUGCCCCAGUUCCACCAAUUCCAAAUGAGCAGCAGCUGGCCAGAUUGACUGACUAUGUGGCUUUCCUCGAAAACUGAUUACCCUGCUCCUGUCUUCAGAAAAACUUGGGAAUCCUGUGUACUGACAAUUUUAGAAAUCUAAGAGUUAUUUUAUUUUGUAUCUAUUAAAAGUUGCAGCGUCCCCUACUCAAAUGCGUGUGAAGUAUACAGUGUAUGUUAGCCCAAUUCAUGUUUUGCCAAAGCCAAGCUUGCAAUUGAAACAAUCUUUUUAACUCCUGUAAUAUUUAUUCAGUAGGUACACAGCAGUAUUACAUAGUAAGGGGGUUUUAUUGACUCGUAGCAGGAGGAAGCAGAACUUUUCAGGUAUGUUAGAGAUGGAGAAGAAAAAAAUGAGUACUGAAGCAGGUUAACUAUGAGGAAUUUACACUAAGUUAUGUGCUCUGCUGGUGAGGGCUGCCGUGCUUAUCAGAGAUCAAUUGCAUGUUGAAUGAAAGUACUAAGAGUGGAGGACUGCCCUACUUGUGUCUGCAAAGAGGAAAUAUUUUGAUGAAACAAUAACUUAAGGCAAUUUACCAUAACUUUUGCAAGUAUAUUUCUGGCAUAUUUGUUCUUUGGGGUGGUUUUUUUUUUUUUUAUUAUUUGG